UUUUUCUUUGCGUUAAAUAUCUAAAUAAUUAGUGAAAAAUAAUGGAUAGCAACGUUUUAAUUUUAAAAGACUACAAAACAGUACAAGACGUAGUGCAUGAAUAUGAGCCUACGUUAAAAUUUGGGCAUAUACCUUUAGUCAUUGAUAAUGGGUCGUACCAGUGCCGUGUGGGGUGGUCAAUAUACGAUGAACCUCAUUUAAUAUUCAAGAAUUUAAUAGCAAGGCCUCGCAAAGAUAGAGUGAAGAAAGAUGCUGAACCGCCGGUAACGCCGCCAAUACAAAUCGGAAAUGAUAUUAUUAAUAUAGAAGCAGUGAGAUUCCAGUUAAAAACACAAUUUGAUAAGAAUGUGGUAACACAUUUUGAGGUGCAGGAGCAAGUCUGUGACUAUAUAUUCUCUCACUUGGGCAUAGACAAUGAAGGAAGUGUGCCCCAUCCUAUUGUAAUGACGGAAGCUUUUGUUACCCCAAAUUACUGCAGACAGUUGAUGUCCGAGCUGCUAUUUGAAGGUUACGGCGUGCCGGCAGUGAGCUAUGGGGUGGACUCCCUGUUCAGCAUGUACAGGAAUGACAUCGGGGAUACUGCGCUCAUUGUCAACUGCGGCUACCACACUAUACACAUCAUUCCUGUUAUAAGGGGACGGGUUAUUGAGGAGCAUGCAAGGAGAAUUAAUUUGGGUGGUAGUGAGAUGGUCAGCUACCUCCAUAAACUUCUCCAGCUAAAGUACCCGGUCCACGUGAACGCCAUCACCAUGUCGCGCGCCGAGGAACUCCUGCAAGAACACUGCACCAUAGCCCUGGACUAUCAGGAGGAAAUCAAGAAGUGGGCCAACCCCGACUACUAUGAGGCCAAUGUGAAGAAGAUACAACUGCCUUAUGUGCAGACAGUUAGCUCCUCGGGUUUGACAGCUGAACAGCAAAAAGAAAGAAAGAAAGAGAUGGCUCGGAGGCUAUUGGAAAUUAAUGCGAGAAAAAGAGAAGAAAGACUAGCGGAAGACGAGGAACAAUUGAGCCAUUUACUCUCAUUACAGGAUAUGAUAGAGGGCGGUGACACGGACGAGUUCAACGAGGCCAUCAAAGGAUUGGACUUUAAAAGCUAUGAGGACCUUCAGAAACAAAUAACAAACCUAAACAUGCGCAUAGAAAAAAACAAGCAGCGUAUUGUGGCGGCGGCGACGGCCGACGAAAAUAUUGAAGUACGUCCGACCGGCCGCUUCCAACCGCCUUCGGACCCUGAAGCUUUCCAGAUAUGGCUCAACGACACAAGGACGAAGUAUCGCGAGUUGGUGUCCCGUCGUGAGGCUCGGCGCGCCCGGCGCGCGGCCAUGGUGAAGCGGCGCACCGCGGCCGCCGCCGAGCGCAUGCGCGUCAUCUCGCGCCUCGCCGCCGCCGGCGACGAAUUCGGCAACCAGGACUCGGACUGGGACGCCUACAAGAGCAUCAGCCGCGAAGCCGACUCGGACUCGGAAGCGGACGGCGAGCGGCUCGUGGAGUUGGAGGAGGCGCUGCGCGAACACGAGCCGCCGCCGCCCAGCGACCAGCGCCACCAGCUGCACCUGGCCAUCGAGCCCUUCAGGGCUCCAGAGCUGAUAUUUCAGCCGUCGAUGAUGGGCAACCUGGAGGCGGGUCUGGCGGAGACCCUGGAGUACGUGUUCAAGCACUUCAGCCCCGAGGACCAGCUGCUGCUCGCCAAUAACGUCUUCCUCACGGGGGGCUGCUCCCAAUUCCCUGGUUUAAAAGAAAGACUAGAAAGAGAGCUCCUAGAAAUGCGUCCGUUCCAAUCGACGCACAAAGUGGUCACCGCUAAAAACGCAAGUCUGGACGCCUGGUACGGCGCUCGCGACUUCGCCGGCAGCAACGAGUUUGAAAACUGGUGCGUGUCUAAAGAAGACUACUACGAGUUAGGGGGAGAAUAUCUGAAGGAACACCACUCGAGCAACAAGUAUUACAAGAGUCCUGCACCUAUUGUUGACAAUACUUUGGCUCCUGCUGGCGACGCUAAUGUGGUCAAGGAAGAAAUAGUUGUAGACUGUUAGUAGUUUUAAGGUAGGUCUUAAUUCUGUUUGAAUA